CAGAUCGCAGGACGCGCUGAUUAGCGGCGGCGCGCAGGUACAGGAGAGCGCGGAUGUGAUUCAAACAGAACUCGCUGGACUUUACUGUAGUAUUACUGGAGUGUGUGAAUGCAGGACUGAAGCUGGAGGACAUGGAGGCUUUUACCAUCAAGAGUCGCAUUAAAAGUCUCCUGCGCUCUCCGUCCAUCAGACUGAGAAAGAGCCGAAGCCGCUUCACAGACAGUCUGUCCAGAAAGGUGACUCUAGAGAAGGUUCUGGGCAUCACGACCGCAGGAAACAGCGGUUUAUCAUGUGACCCGUGUUCAGGAACCAUCGCCUAUCCAGCUGGGUGUGUCGUCGUGUUACUGAACCCGGCCAAAAACACACAACAGCAUCUCAUCAACUCCUCCAGGAAGACCAUCAGCACGCUGUCGUUCUCGUCAGACGGCCGGUUCCUCGUCACUGGAGAGAGCGGUCAUCUUCCGGCCGUGCGCGUGUGGGACGUGUCCGAAGGGACGCAGGUGUGCGAGCUGCUGGAGCACCAGUACGGCGUGUCCUGCGUGGCGUUCUCGCCCAACAGCAAGUACAUCGUGAGCGUGGGGUCGCAGCAUGACAUGAGCGUCAACGUGUGGGCCUGGAAGAAGAACGCGCUGGUGGCGGCGAACAAGGUGUCCAGUAAGGUGACGGCGGUGUCGUUCUCGGAGGACAGCGCUCACUUCGUCACCGCGGGGAACAGACACGUCCGCUUCUGGUAUCUGGAGCCCUCGCGCUCCCAUGAGCCGGUGCCGCUGAUGGGCCGCUCGGGGCUCCUCGGGGAGCUGCAGAACAACUUCUUCUGUGGCGUGGCGUGUGGACGCGGGCCGAAGUCCGACAGCACCUUCUGCAUCACGUCCUCAGGGCUGCUGUGCGAGUUCAGCGGCAGGAGAGUGCUGGAGCGAUGGGUCCGUCUGCAGACGAGUUCAGCUCACGCUCUGACGGUGACGGAGGAUCUGAUCUUCUGCGCGUGUGCGGACGGAACCGUGCGCGUCUUCAGCCCGUCGGACCUGCGCUUCAUCUGCACUCUGCCUCGCCCGCAUCAUCUGGGCGUCGACGUGUCCACCGUCACACAGGCCAGUCACCUGUUCAGCAGAAAGCCCGACGCCCGCUACCCAGACACUGUGGCGGUGACCUUUGACCCCGUGAACCGCUGGCUGUCCUGCGUGUAUAACGAUCACAGUUUAUACGUGUGGGACGCGCGAGAUCUGCAGAAAGUGGGCAAAGUUCACUCGGCGCUGUAUCACUCGGCCUGCGUCUGGGAUCUGCAGAUGUUUCCCACAGACGCCGACGGCUCCCAGACGGCUCUCGGCUCCUCUGAUCUGUUCCUCAGCUGCUCUUCUGACAGCACUGUGCGUUUCUGGAGCUCGGACGGCGUUCGCCGCGCUAACGUGUUGAGCAGCGAUCUUCAUCACGUCCUCUACAUGGACGACAACACCGCCGCCCUGCUGGACGUGGAGGGAACUGCGGUCAGCGGCUCGGAGAAGCCCGAGAGCUCAAGCGCCGACAGCCGGAGCGGCAUCAGAUCCAUCUGCGUCAGUCCGGAUGGGAGACACCUGGCGUCCGGAGACAGAAACGGCACACUGAGGAUUCAUGAUCUGACGUGUAUGAAGGAGAUGGUGAAGGCUGAAGCACAUGACUCUGAGAUCUUGUGUCUGGAAUACUCCAAACCUGACACAGGCAUGAAUCUGCUGGCCACAGCGAGUCGAGACCGGCUGAUCCACGUGCUGGAGGUCGAGGAAGACUACGGUCUGCUUCAGACGCUGGACGAGCACUCGUCCUCCGUCACGUCCGUCCGCUUCGCUGCCAGUGAUGGGAAGUUGAGGAUCAUCAGCUGCGGAGCGGAUAAGAGCGUGUACAUCCGCACCGCACACAGGACCAUCAGAGGAACCGCCUUCAAACGGACACAUCAUGUGGUUCGGAAAACGACUCCCAAUGACAUGGACGUGGAUCCCACAUGCAAGUACGCAGCCGUCGGCUGUCAGGACCGCAGCGUCAGAGUGAUCAACAUCAGCAGCGGCAAACAGAAGAGAUCUUAUAAAGGCUCACAGACUGAAGACGGCAGUUUGCUGAAGGUUCAGAUGGAUCCGUCCGGUCUGUAUUUGGCCACCAGCUGCUCCGAUAAGAACAUCAGCCUGUUUGACUUCCGGACCGGAGAGUGUCUCGCCGCCGUGUUCGGACACUCGGAGAUCAUCACGGCUCUGAGGUUCAGCAGGGACUGCAGGCGUCUGGUGUCGGCAUCAGGAGACAGCUGUGUGUUUGUGUGGAGACUCGCUCCUGAACUGACCGUCAGCAUGAGAGAGAGACUGUCCGAGCGCAGACGCCGUCACAGCCGACCGAACGCUAGAAACAAUCCCUUCAGACGGUCCUCCUCGAGCGGAUUCACACUGCGCAGGUCUCCGUCCAUCAUGAGCUGCUCAUCUGAGAGCGACCGAGAGGAAGAUGAUGAUGAUGAUGAUGAAGAACCCAUGAAGAUGCCUGGAGACACAGAGAGACGGCCGGACAGCAGUCAGUCAGAGGGCAGUGUUGAGGAGACCACGGGUGCGUCUGAUGAAGGACACGAGUGGAACCCGAUUAAGAUGUGUCUGCAGGACUCGAGCGUGUCUGGAGCGUGUCGGCCGCGCCGGCGCUGGUCCCGUCGGAUGGGAUCUCUGGAGCUCAUGGUGAAGUCCAUGCUGGAGCUUCGGCAGCUGGAUUCACUUUCUGAAGAUGGCGUGAAGAACAGAAGCUCCGCUGACCGCCUGCGGGACGAGGAUCGAGGGAGCACCUCCAGCCUGCAGGAGCGGCGUCACAGGCGUACGGCUCGUCCUCUCUCCGCCUGGCUGCUUCCCGCCUGCGCUCCUGAGCCGGACGGGGUCGUGUUGUACCCGGAUCACUGUCCCAGCGCCAGCAGCCUGCCCGGACCGUCCUACCGCGUGCGGAUCCCGGCCCGAGCAGAAGAAGCCCAGAGUCCCGUCAGCGGCGCCUCCGUGGGCUACGGCAGCGGCGGAUCCAGUCCGGAUCACAGACGCCACGGCUCUGACGACGAUCGCUGUGAGCGAGACACGGACACUCGGAGAGACUCGGAGACGCUCGCUGACGCUCUUCAUCUGUUCUCAGGGACGGUCUGCAGCAUCUCGACGUGUUUCCAGACCUCAGACUCGUCCAGCAGGACGGGCCGCGGGAUUCUCCAGAAGGCCGGCGGCGUCAGACCCCUGAUGGAGGACACGGUCUCUCGGAGGAGCCACCCGUACAUCAGCAGAACUCCUGCACGACUGCACAGGUCCACUUCAGCACUCGAUCCCACCGCUGACGCACGAAGGUCACUGCCUCCGUCCCGUCUGCGGCGAGAGGCGCGUCCCGUCCUGCCCAAGCUGAGUUUGGAGAGGAUGGAGCCCAGAACGCCCCCGUCCUCCCCUCGGCCGUGGGACAGUCCGAACGCCCGCUACAUGAGCCCCACCACCAGCUCCAGAGCCAAGAUCAGCCGCUGCGUGUCCGUGGGCGACGGCCUCCAUCUGGGCUCCGGCGAGACCCUGCCGGUCAGCGGCCUGUUCACGAGCGCCCCGGCCGAACCCAAACACCUCAGACCUCACGCCCGUCAGCGCUUCAGCAGCCCGUUUGACGAGUGGCCGAGCAGAUCCGGCUCUCCUCGAGACCCGGGGUCGUCAGGAGCCGUGACCUCUGACACCGAGCGCCCUCGAGCGGCGGUGAAGGCUUUCUCUGUGACGUCUGAUGAUCAAGUGACGGAGCCGGCGGUCAGUCUGGAGUCCUGCAGACGCGCAGCAGCCGAUCUGUGCCGCAGCGUGAGGAGAGCGGCCGGACUCUACAGGACGCUGAUGUCCCAUGAUUCCGAGCGCAGCGGCGAGCGGCAGCAGAUGCAGCAGCUGAUGUCAGACGCUCUGCUGCAGGUGCGAUCCGAGCUGGAUUCGGUGCCCGGGCCGUCCGGAGAGGGGAAGCCCGCGCUGGCGUUGCUGGAGCAGUACUCGCGGCUGCUGCUGCGCUCCGUGGAGGAGAGACUCCAGACGCUCUAGCGCACAUCUCAUUUGUUCCUUCACCAGCUUAUGUCAUUUAGUCUUGUGCAUGUUAAUAUUUUUUUACUAUAAGUCACCAGAUUUGUUUUUAAUUUUUUGAAUUUCCGUUUUAUUAAUGUUUUAUUGUCAAACAGGUUAAUAAUGUGUUGUGUUUGUGAUAAUUUAAUGAUGUUAAACAAUCCUUUUAUUUGUUUUUAUUUAUUUGUGAUCAGUGAUUUCUCACACAAUAAACUGAAAUAUAUGCA